AUUUUAAAUUGUCCCAUGAAAUAUUGAUACAUUUUUCAUCAGCAUUGUUUCUGAUCUAUCUAUAUUUGUUCUGAAGAAAAGAAAAUAAUUUGAAUAUGGGAUGGAAGUUGUAGAAACAACCAGUUGAAGAACCAGCAGAUUCAUGUUGAACUUUCUCUGUACAAAUGCUAAAACAGAGAUUGAAAUAAGGAUAUACUUGCUGAUUUGAGCAAUAUAAAAGAAUUUUUCCGUUGGAUAAAGAUGAUCUGGCCUUCAGAUCUACUGUCUUCUUCCACAUGGUGCCUCCUCGUCCUCAUCAUUGUUUUGAUCAAAUAUUAUUUGCAUCGGAAAUGGAGUUUGUUAAAGAACUUGAACGUUCCGCAUAUUCCUCCAUCUAUCAGAAAUUUUGGGAAUGCACGGGCAGUAUGGUCAGAAAAGCCAUUCAUGUUUGAUCUUGAAUGCAAAGAAAAGUUUGGUCCAAUUUAUGGGUUUUAUAUUAUGACCAAACCCAGAAUUGCCGUUCAUGAUUUAAACAUUCUGCAGCAAAUAUUUGUGAAGGAUUUUUCAAAUUUCACUAAUAGAGCAGAAAAUCUUAACCCGGUUGAAGAAUCAGUGGCAAAUGGUUUAUUGUUUAUUGAAGAUGAACAUUGGAAACGUGUCAGAACAACAAUGACUCCAGCAUUUUCAAGUUUAAAACUAAAAUUGAUGACAGGAAUUGUUGAGAGAUGUGUCAGCAAUACUAUAGAGGUGUUAGAGAAAAAGUGUAAAAAUGAAAAUGGCAUUUUCAAUGUGAAAGAUGUUUUUGGAAGAUUAUCUCUUGAUGUUAUUUGCGCAUCUGCUUUUAGUACUGACAUCAAUUCUCAGGAUACCUCCAAAAAAGAACCCCAGAUUUCUAUUCAGGCUAAAGAAAUAUUUAAGGCGGGAUUUUUUAACAUAUAUUUUCUUAUUGGGAUUUUGUUUCCGUUUCUUAUCCCCUUCAUAGGAAAGAUAUUGGCGAAAAAACCCUUUAUGGUUUACUUCAAGCAACUAUGCAAUAAAAUCAUGAAUCAGAGAGACGAUCAUCAACAUGACAAUAACCGUGUGGAUUUGAUGCAGAUUAUGUUAGACUAUAAAGUGUCUGAUACAGUGAUUAAAGAAGGCGCCAGAAAAGGAAUGUCAGAAAUUGAAGUUAUCGAAAAUUCUGUGACAAUGCUUUUAGCAGGAUAUGAUACUACAAGCAUUGCAAUGGCGAAUUUAAUAUAUAAUUUGGCUCAAUAUCAAGAAGUACAGGAGAAACUCCACUUGGAAAUUGAUGAAGUGUUUCGUAAAAAAGAUGGAAAUUUAGAUUAUGAUAGUGUUAAUGACUUAAAUUUCCUUGAUUUGUGUAUAAAUGAAAGCAUUCGUUUGUAUCCUCCAAUUGCUAAGACAACCAGGGUGGCUAAAAAAGAAAUAAACAUCCAUGGAUUGACUAUACCAGCUGGAAUGCUUAUGGUAAUGCCCAUUCAUGCAUUAUGCCAUGAUCCUGAAUACUGGGACGAUCCAAUGGAAUUCAAGCCGGAAAGAAUGAAAAACAUGGAUGGAAUGAAUCCCAUGGUUUAUCAACCAUUUGGUAGCGGACCAAGAAAUUGCAUUGGAAAGAGAUUUGCACUCAUGGAAAUGAAAAUAGCAAUCUGUAAAUUACUUCAUCAAUAUAAAUUUGUCCCCACAAGUGAAACUCCAAAACCUCCAUUGAAGUUGAAAUUUGAUCUCACAGUUCAUCCUAAAGAUGAAAUCACUCUUAAAGCUAUUCUUCGACAAAACCAUAUAAUGUAAUUUUGUUUGAAUUUUAAUAUAGAAAACAAAAAGUUAUAAAUACUUUAAUACCUGCGACUGACUCGAUAAAAAGACACAAUUGUAUUUCUCAGCGAAAAUGUAUUUCGUUGCAUAUUACACGUAUGUCAUAUUAUGACCAUAUAACUUUCUAUAAUAUAAGUACCAAGAUAAGGAAAUGUGACUCAAGAAAAUUGUUUGAUGAUGUGCAUGCUGUAUAGCCGAAUAGCUAAAGUUUUAUAAAGAAGCCUUUGUUUCUACAAUGAUUCAUUUUUUAUUGAAAUUUUAAAUCUGCAUGUUUUCUCAUAUGCAUUUCUUAACAAAACACAGAAGGAAUUAAAUUGUAUAUUAAAGUUCUUUCAUGCAAUACUCACCACUUUUCGUUAACAAUUUAUAUAUGUAUAUAUAUUAAUAUUUACACCUUACACACUAAUUAACAUUUUACAAUUAAGUGUUUUUUAAAUGAUUUGAUAAAAUUUUCAUCCUAAUCAGGUUUUAAUUGUUACUUUUACAAAUUAAUAUCAUGAAUUUUUGUUCGCUUAUGAGAUUAUCCUAUUAUAACUAUUUCUUUGUAUUUACCUAUUAGCUAUGUUUAUAGGGUUAGGGUUUCACGAGCCUUUUCUGUAUCAUGCAAUUUGUAUACUUUUAGAAAAUCUUUGUGCCUUUGUUAUCAACUAAAAUUAUUAUAUCUAAAACGGACAUAUGGUUCUCUUCUCCAAUACCGUCAAUUUUUAUUUACAAAUAUUUGAAUUUUGAGCCACUGAAUUGUGUUACUGAUAAUACCUGCAACCCUCAACCAUAUGCAAUCAUAUAUCUUUUUAUUAGGAAUGGUGUGCUUCGACAAAAUCCUACUAUUGGUAUAUUGAACUGUAUCUUUGUACCUACCGUUAUCAGUUGAGUUAAGUUUUUCUUUCAAUCAUGUCUAUGCCACAUACAGAACGUAAAAUGUGUUCCUGGAUAGGGUUUGGCUAUAAUUUCAGGUACAAAUCUAUGAGAGUCACUUGACUAGAACUCGAACUUGUAAUUGUAACUUGUAAAUAAGGAAAAUUGGAAAAAAAUUCUAACCUAACCCUAACCUGGUACACAUACUACAUUCCGGUGUCCGCCAUCUUGGUUUACAUACUUCGGGAGUACCCAGAAAAGUUCUUGCCUUUUAUUAUAAUUUUUUUGUUUGCUUUCAUAACCCUGUUGCAACUUAUUCAUGGUUGAAAUACUUAUACACAAUUAUUGCAUUUAUACAGA